CCAUAAUUAGCUCUACGAGCUAAAUUUAUCCUAUGUCAGAGGGAGUAUGAAGAUCUUCCGCACUGUCACAGUCAGAGAUUUGUAUUCAACUUCACGACGCGCUUUUGAGCUCUUAUUCUGCCAAGAUUUAAUUGCGGCGUCACAUCCGCUUUCCCGCGGGCAGAACCAAGGGUGGGGUGUUCGGCUUCCCAAUGGACUGAUAUCCGCCGUUCGUCAUAUAAGAAUGCGCCAAGGGAGCUACUAGAAACGCUGCUUAUUUCAUAGUUGGAUACAAAAUAUCUUAUAUUAUUGUAUUGGACACUUUCUGCCCUUCUCUGUCUAUUGAAAGAAAUGAGCGAUUCACCUCUAGACCUUCUGGUCUGUUCCACUUGUGGAACGCAGCACUCGGCGCGGUCGUUGUCUUCGUGUAAGAUCUGUGAUGAUCCCCGGCAGUAUUUGCCCGCAACUGGACAAUCAUGGACAACUCUACGCACACUACAGCAAUCAAAGCAAUACCAUAAUGAAUUCGUCAUGGACAAGAAUCACUCGGGACUGAUAAGUAUCUAUACUGUCCCGAAAGUCGCUAUCGGCCAGCGCGCCAUCUUAUGCUGCACACCACAGGGAAAUAUCCUCUGGGAUUGUAUCACUUACAUUGAUGACGAGACCAUCAAGCGGAUCAAAGAAUUGGGGGGAAUCAGCGCUAUCGUGAUCUCCCACCCGCAUUACUUCUCGACAUGUAUCCAUUGGGCUCAGGCUUUUGGCUGCAAGGUCUACCUUUCCAAAGAAGAUCAAGAGUGGAUAAUGCGGUCGGGUCCAGAGCAAGUCUUGUGGUCAGGAGAAAGGCUUCCUUUACCAGGGGUCCUCGAUAUCGUCGCGAUCAAAACCGGCGGACAUUUCCCCGGCAGCUCAGUCCUAUGGUGGGGAUCGGCUAGGAAGCUGCUUGUCGCUGACACCAUCAUGGUCGUUCCCAGCGGCGUGUAUCACACUGACAGGCUACCCGGGACAGCCUCAUUUUCUUUUAUGUGGUCUUAUCCGAAUUUUAUUCCGUUACCACCCGAUGAAGUGCACAAUAUAUGGAAAGCCAUCAAGGACUUCGAUUUUGAUGAUGCCCAUGGUGCCUUUGUUGGUCAGGAUACCAGAGGAAAUAGCAGGAAGAGGGUAUUGGACAGCGCCAAAUUAGUUGUCAAGUCGAUGGGUUAUGGUGACCAUGCUAUUCAUGCUGAGGAAGCGUAGCUUGUGAUUCGCAGAGUCUGAGUUGAGUCCAGCUUUGAGCCAGAAGACUCUGCUGUUUUGUUUAUUGUGUAAAUAUUCCAGUCUAAGGGUCCUCCUUUUCCUCUUCUAUUUUAUCAUGGCCAUAACUUCCGAUUAGUAUCGCAGACAAGCUUUACAUACGAGUCAGAACAUGAAAGAUCAAGUGGACAAGAAGAGUUAGGUCAUGAAAUAAGUCAUGUGUAGAACUAUCUCUAGAUGAAUGAAUCGAAUAUCCCUCUUGGACAUAUAGU